UUAAUAACUAAUAAUAUUAUUUUGAAGAAACGGGCAUGGGAUUGGGGGGAAGUCAGUCAGAUGUAGCCCUGCAGAUCUCGUACUCGGCAUGAAGGGCUAUGGAAAAGCUUCUCAUUCGCCCCGUACCCGGAUACUAAUACCAUUCUUAAAUCAAAUGGUUAAUAUUCCAAAAGUAUUUUGCCCAGUCUCACCAAACACAACGGAUGAUUUUAGAUCGAUAAAUAUCUAGCUAAACUAUCCGCUCGGGAACAAAUAUAUAGUAUAUAUACGGAGUACGUGCUUCUUCCACAUGCGCGUCAUUUUUGAGGAGUCGUCAAUGGGAAUUGCGUGAGCCCGGCUGCGGCAAAAUUCCUGGUAGGCUGUCAAGCACAAUUGUCGGUCUCCGUCGGAACCUGGCAAGCCUAGCUUCCAUGGUGGAUAGAUUGUGCGAAGAGAUAUGUGGGAGGAGCUUCGCCCGCUGCUGCGGGCGCUCGAGAUACAGGCAUUUCACAAAACUUGUAAUGUGCUCUGCUGGCCGGUUGGCCAGGACAUUGCCAUUAAUGAUUUCCUUAUUAUCACCGAAAACAAUCUUGCCAUGCUCCUGGCGAUAUCUCUCCUGGUCCAGCAGCGCGUCAAUCAUCCGUGAGAUGGUUGGAAUGAACAAAGGGCUCGAGUUUUCUCGUUGCGCAAGAUUUCUGGGAAGGAUACGGGUAUUUCUUGCUUCCAAUGCUGUUUUCGUUAGCGGGUACCCGAUUUCCGGGUCGAAAUACUCCUCCAUCAACACACAAUCCCAGCUGACAACGUUGGGGACUUGCACCUUGGGACCAUCCACGGAGAGAAAGUAGAGCUUUUCUGGCCAAAGCCUGAUAUGGAUGGGUUCUCGCGUCGAUCGAUGAAGCCUGAGCACUUGGUUUACGUGGGAGUCAUUGGAGCGGGGUAGUUGGUCCUGUUCGGCGUGUUCCCACUCCCCCGAAGCAAUGAAUGCCGAAACGAUGUCAUCGAGCUGCGAGUCCCGGACGAGGAAGUCAUAUUCCUAAACAAUUAUGCCGCCUUAGUAGUGGUAUUCUGUCUGCUUCAUGCGACUUGACCUAACGUAGAAAGAGGAAAAGGCUAGCGAAAAGGCAGAAAAUACAGUGGGUGAUCCCGCAAUACCCAUCCAUAGCAUCGCACACUGUUCCACGAGGAUAAUAGGGUGGUUGUGUCUGUCGAAGAUGGAGCAGACAUCGUCCAGGUAUCCCGCUAGCAAGCCCCCAAUCGCUGGCUGGCUCAUCUUGCCUGUAGCUCUAGAGGACUGUCAGAGGCGUCGAGCUAUAUACCAGUUGUAAUGGACAACAAAUGGGCAAGAGAUAGCUGAGAUAGCUGCUUGUCGGGUUCAAAUAAUACUGCGACUAAAUUUCUCCCGGUAACGUUACACUCCAGUGCAGCUCCAACUCAAGCACACCUCCAGCAAAAUGCAGUAGAGUAGGAUAUCAAAACAACUCCCCAAAAAUGAGAAUUUGAGUCCAGAUUAUCGUUUUGUUGUGUUUAUUGAAGCUUGAUCCAGAUCCCGUGACUCCGUCCAUCUUUGGUCUAGCGUGUCCUCGGGUCCGGUCUUCCUGAAGAAAAGGAAAAAAGGAAAAAAAAAAAAAAAAAGGAAAAAAAAAAAAAGAAAAAAAAAAACAUUUGACACUAAUUUUGUUGCCCCCCGCUAUUCUAUCCCAAACACUUUAAAAGCGUUCGUUCGUCCACCACCACCAAUUCUCCUUCGCGUCUUCUUCGACAACUUCUCCCUGUGCCAGUUGCAUAGCCUCAUUGUCCUUCUCUUCCUUUCCACCACUCUCUAUAUCCAGUUGCCAACCUAACCACCAUGAUUAUCUACAAGGAUAUCCUUUCGGGUGACGAAAUCAUCUCCGACAGCUGGAAGCUUAUCGACGUCCCCGGCGGAGUCCUGUGGGAAUGUGACUGCAAGAAAUAUGCCAAGGGCACCGACACUUACCAACUCGAGGGCGCCAACCCCUCCGCUGAAGAGGGUGGGGAUGAUUACUCUGGUGAAGGUGGUGGUGCCGGAGAGAUGGUUCACGAUAUUGAGGAGUCCUUCCGGCUGAAUUGGCUGAAACCAGACGAGUCUGGUAAUGACCUCAAGCCCUCUAAGGAUGCUUUCAAGUCCCACCUGAAGUCAUAUGUAAAGAAAGUGAACAACAAGCUCAAGGAACAAGGAGCCAGUGAAGAAACCAUCAAGGAAUUCCAGGCUGGCGCCCCGGCUGCCGUGAAGAAGCUCCUCGCCAACUACGACAACUACGAUGUCCUUUUGGGCUCAUCCAUGCACCCUGACGGAAUGUACGUUCUCAUUGAUUUCCGUGAAGACGGCGUCACCCCCUACGCCACCAUCUGGAAGCAUGGUUUGGAGGGUAUGAAGGUCUAAAACCAAGAGGAAAGACACGAGGGAUACCUUGCUCAAGCUCAUUCUGUUAUCCUACCACAGCCAAUUGCAAUGGUAGCCGUUUCCGGACCAGCCUUCACACUCAUGCUCAUAAUAUGCAUCCUUCUGCCGUCUCAGGCAACGAACUAACUCCCCUGCCAACUCCAGCUAUUCUCUUUCCCCCAUCCACCCGGUGGGCUUGAAGGAAUUUGGCCCCGGCGUUAUCCCCCUCCCUCCCUCUUCCGUUUUCCAUAUCUUCGCGUUCUAUUUAUCCAUUCCCCAACCCCCAACCGCCCGCUUUCUUAAUCUACUAAACGCCUGACGAAAUAAAGCAAGUCCAGUUUUUCUCUCUAAUAAAUAAAAAAAUAAAAAAGGGAAAGAAAAGAAAACCUAUACAUUUAUUUAUUUAUUUUUUUAUUUUACAAGACAAGAGGAGUGAUCCGUUAAAAGCAUGGUUUUAAGAUGGAAUUGGGUUUUAAAAAAAUUGGCUUCCCAAGUUUAAUAAAGCCUUGGUAAAUCUAUAAUCGUACCCUGUUCACUUGAGAAAGGAAAGGGAGGGGGGAAAUAUUGUGAUUUACAGACAUACAUAGUAUCAGCUGCCGUAUUUCUCGCUGAUGAUGAGAAUAAAUAUGCCUAGGAGGAAUAUGUCCAUCAACCAGGAGUGAACGGAGAUACAUUAACAUUAACCAUAUUCAAAAGAGGAUAUCAUGUAGCUAACAAAACCAAAACUGGUCAAAAUUCAAAAUUCCACCCUCUCUCUACUCCUCUCACAUGCCAUUCUUCCGAUCCAAAUCCACUAUUUACAAUUCCGCGAAAUCAUCAGCUCCCGUGCCCGUCAUAAUAAUCAGCCGCAAGCCCUAGGUCCCUUAAUACCGUAUCGGUCUCAUCUUUGCUUACCGCGGGUCCGUCACCGCCAUCAGCGGUAAUACCGAUUCUCCCAUUCCCACCCGGCCCUGUGCCCGUCCCUGCCCCGCCAGUAUUGAUGCUAUCAAGAUGCAUCAGGUCGUCAACGACAGGCAGCGAAGGUCCAAAGACGGCAUCCCACUGGUCCCAGUCGAAUUGCAAAUUGUGCGGGUCGAGGAUGGGGCUGGAGCUGGGGCUGGCGGAUUGGAAGGUGGGGUUGGGAUAGGGGCCUGGCUUGGGCUGAAUAUCGAUGUCGAUGUCGAUGUCGGAUGCGGUGGGGAUAGGUAGCGGCAUGGGGAGGUCGAGUGCUGUGGGGGUGUGGGAUGACGUAAAGGUGGGGACAUUAAGGGGGUCAUUGCUGUAGCUGCUGGCACUGUAGUUGGUAGAGGACGUGGGAAUGUUGAAUGGUCCCGGUGGUUUAGUGGUAUGGGUGGUGGUCGUGGUGGAUGUAGAGAACUGGUAAAUGGGGCCGUCGUUGAUAGGAGCACGUGGGAACGGGGACGCAGUUGCCCAGGGUUGUUUGGCGAUGUCGUCCGUCUGGGGGCUUUGAGAUGUACGGAGCCAAGGUAAUGGUGUAUCUGACUGUGGAAGUGUAGUUGUGGCGUAUUCCUGAGAGGAAACACCGAUGCCUUCCAGCUGGGUAUGGGAAUGGCUUUCUUGAGCGGUUUUGUCUAUUAUAUACGCAUUGUCUUUCCCACUCUGCGCCCGCGCCCGUUCUCGCUCCCGCUGCCAUUUCGUCGAUUGACUAUUACUGUGAACAUUAUGAUCAUACGGUUCCUUGAUGAGCGUAUAAUAACUAUCUGUAAAACUCUGGACCGAAGACUCUCGACGCUCUCUAGGAGCAUCCGUAGACAUAUGCCUAUUACUCGGGCGUCGAGCCUCCGCCUGUGCCUGCUCUGUCCAGAGAACACUCGGGUCAAGGCCUGCUUUGAGCCAGGCUUUCUCCCGCAGGCGCCGCAGCAUGUCCCACGCUUGACGGCCGCCGUCUCUGAGCGGUCGAGAUGUUGAUAUACCAUCUUCACCGCCAACCACGCCGCCAUCAGGGCCGGAAAGGGAGAAGAUCUUGUCGAUGAAGGCGCGGGAUUUAGGGGCCUCCGCGGUUUGCGGGCGUUCGUAUAGGUCAAUAAGCAUUAUCCUGCCCACGGGUAUUAGGAUGAAGGGCACAAAUACAUGUGUGGGGGGAAGUUUGGUGACAUACAUUGUGGCAUGCAUAGGUUGAUGGUUUCUGUGUUUUGAGUUUAGUUUUUGUCACCAAUGCAUUCUGGAGAGGCGAAGAGGAACUAACCCUGGCCAGCUCCAUUGGAAUGGCUGGAAGUCGGGAUCAGUAGCUAACAAGAUGAAUUUUUCCAUGAACCCAUGGCAAUGGCGAAUAGCUCUAGCUUGUAUUAGAAUUAUAUAUCAAAGUAACUUCUUAGGGCUAUGUUUGUGUAAAUAUAGAUGAAGGUGUAUGUAUACAUACCGCUGACGAGCAACUGGCCAUAUAUUACUUUUUGCAUUCUUCAAGAAAGGUUGAUAAGCAACACAAAAUGCCUAGAUCACCCGUCAGCAUAAACGUAAAGAAAUGAAGAGCCAAAAC